AAUUCGGUACUUCAGCUCCUGUAACGUGCUUCACGCCGCAUGAUGUCACUAUUUUCACCUUAACUUCCGUCCAUUUGCGCUGUGCGUCUGAACUGUUUCUUACAGCUUCCAUGUAAAAUUUCCAGAAAUUGAAAUAAGUAAUAUGGACACAAGAAUCAAAGGCGUUAGUACAGGCACCACUAUACUGGCAGCUAAGUUCAAUGGGGGAGUUCUUAUUGGAUCCGAUUCCAGGGCCUCAAUAGGGUCCUAUGUGUCCUCCAAGGCCAUCAACAAGCUGAUCCAGGUCCAUGACAAGAUAUUCUGCUGCAUCGCUGGUUCCCUGGCCGACGCGCAGGCAGCUACACGGGCAGCUAAAUUCCAGCUGUCAUUCCACAGCAUCCAGAUGGACUCCCCUCCUCUAGUCAAGGCUGCAGCCUCUGUGAUGCGAGAUCUUUGCUACAGUAACAGGGAGGAUCUGCAGGCUGGCUUCAUCACCGCAGGCUGGGACCGGAAGAAAGGCCCACAGGUGUACACAGUGUCUCUUGGUGGGAUGUUAGUCAGUCAGCCGUUCACCAUCGCAGGGUCAGGCAGCACCUACAUCUACGGUUAUGUGGAUGCGAAGUACAGGCCUGACAUGAGCCGAGAGGAGUGUCUACAGUUUGCCACUAAUGCUCUCACUUUAGCAAUCGGCAGGGACAAUGUGAGUGGUGGCGUUGUCCACCUGGUGGUGAUCACAGAAGGCGGUGCAGAGCAUGUCGUCAUCCCUGGAGACAAGUUACCCAAAUUCCAUGACCAGUAGAAAGACCAGUGGAUACCCUGCAACCAGUACAGAAGAAAGGAGCAGACUUCACUACAAACUACAAAUAACUAAUAAUAAACAACAUUUGAAAAAAACAUAGAAAUCCUGGUUUUACUAAAUAAUCGUUUUACAAAAAUAUUUUGGCAUUUGGGACUUUUUAAUUUGGAAAACCAUUGACACGUCUAUAAACAGUUUUUUUGCCCCUCAGCAUUUACUAUGUAAUGCAUGUCUCUGUAUCAUCUUAGUAUCAUAUUCAAUACACUGCCAUAGUACACUGAGUAAAGUAAUUGUUGCUCUUUUCUUAUAUUGUAAAUUACUAUAGCAGUCAGUCUAUACUCUAUACCAGUGAUUUUCAACCACUGUGCCACGGCACACUAGUGUAAGGUGUACCGUGGGAAAUUAUCCAAUUUCACUUAAUUGGUCUAAAAAACUUUUUUGAAAAUUAUUAUUUGCAAAUAAUGCCAUUAUAAAUGCCAUUAUCGAGUGUCUGUGCUGUAAUAGUGAUGUAUUCUAAACAAACAAAGCUAUUUCAACAUUACUCCAUUUCUCACGACAUAUCUGUGUGAGCUGAGCUUUUCAAGCCUGACUCAUAAAAACUAAUAACAGAGAGACUGAGAGCUGCUGAGGAAGAGCUUCGUCUCUGUCUGUCUUCAAUUCCCGCCAGGAUAUCAGCUUUGUGUUCAUCCAAACAGGUUCAGGUUUCACACUGAGCGAGUAUAAAUAAAUUGAGAGACUAUUUUCUCAUUA